AUGGCUGCUGCUAAGCCGAAAGGCCAGAACUCUCUGGCCCUCCACAAAGUGAUCAUGGUGGGCAGCGGAGGCGUGGGGAAGUCAGCCCUCACUCUCCAGUUCAUGUACGACGAGUUUGUGGAGGACUACGAGCCGACCAAGGCCGACAGCUACAGGAAGAAAGUGGUUUUGGACGGAGAGGAGGUGCAGAUAGACAUCCUGGACACCGCGGGGCAAGAGGACUACGCAGCCAUUCGGGACAACUACUUCCGCAGCGGCGAAGGCUUCCUCUGCGUGUUUUCCAUCACUGAGCUGGAGUCAUUCGCAGCCACAGUCGACUUUAGAGAGCAGAUUCUGCGGGUGAAAGAAGAUGAAAACGUGCCCUUUCUCUUGGUUGGUAACAAAUCUGACUUGGACGACCGGCGGCAGGUGAGCGCAGACGAAGCCAAAGCGAGAGCCGAGCAGUGGGGCGUCUGCUACGUGGAGACCUCCGCCAAGACCCGGGCAAAUGUGGACAAGGUGUUCUUCGACCUCAUGAGGGAGAUCCGGGCACGCAAAAUGGAGGACAGCAAAGAAAAGAACGGCAAGAAGAAGAGCAAAAGUUUGGCCAAGAGAAUCCGGGAGAGAUGUUGUAUUUUAUAG